AUGAAUUAUAUUAUAAACUUAAUUGUUAGUUUGAUAUUCAUUUGGAUUACUUAUUUGGUUUAUUCAAUAAAGUAGUUUAAACAUGAUUAGAUAUCAGAUUGGAUCUUAAUUUUUGCUAGAAGGUUGCUUUUUUAUUCAUCAAUCCUGAUAAUCUUUCCUUUAUUAAUUCCAAAUGGAUUAGAAUAUCAGCAUAAUUUAUUUUUAAAAGAUCACAAAUAUUUGAGAGUAAUUCAAUUGAUAGAUUAAUUAUCUAUUUCUGAAAGAGAAACCCUUACUGCUUAUAUAAAUCAAGAAUUUUCUAUGAAAUAUAAAAUAAUGUUGUUAGUUCCUAUAGUUUUAUUGCUCAAAGAAAUAUAUCUACUUGUAUAAAUCAAUUAAAAAGAGUCAUAAGGAAAGGAAGCCAAUAAUAAUUUGGCUAUUUCACAUGAAUAUCCAACUCAUCCUAUUAUUUUUCAACCUAAAAAUGUUUCAGAAUAUGUGAUUGAUAAAAAUGAAGAAAUUUUGAGAAUUGAAAGUUAUAUACAGAAUAAUAUAGAAAAAAUGAAAUCUAUAGAUGAAGUUAAGAGUAGCUAUUUAAAUAAUUAAUCAGAUCUUUUAAAUAAAUUAUAAUUUGUAUCAUAAUCUAUUAAUUUAGACAAUCGAUAGUAAAAAGCCUGAAAAAAUAUUGUAUUCAUAGUAUAGCAAUAAAUAAUUAGCUAAUGCUAGACAUUUAGGGAAAAUUGAAGAAUCUGAAUUAAAAUCACCAAAUUUCAAAACAAUACAUUCUUAAGCCUUGAUUGAAAAUUCAUUUGCUUUUGAUAAUUAAAGCAAAUUAGAUACUCAAAUUUAAAGAAGAAUAAAAUUAAUAAUUAGUGAAUUAAUUAUUAUACAAAUAAUAUUUGGAUAUACUGUAGGUGUUUAAGAAAAACCAAUAAUAUCAUGUUUGUUUAUUAUGCUAUCUUAAUGUAUAAUUAUUGAUUUAUUUGAUGAAUUAAUGUUAUUUAGUAAUUAUCAUUUAAUAUUUUAAGUUAGAAAAACAAUAAUGGGAACAUGUUUACUUAUAUUUUACUUAAUAUUUGUAAUUUCAAUGUUUUUAGGAAUGUAUUAUAAUUAAUAUCUUAUUCAGAUAUGUUAUUGUAUUAUUAUAGCAUAUUGUAUAAAGCCCUUUAUGAACUUUUAUGGCCAUUAAACAAUAAAACAAACCUUGAUGUUCUCUGGGAUUUCUCUGUUAUUAUUGAUUGUUAUUAAAUUGUUAUUAUUAAUUUAUUGA